AAGACCAGUCCACUAAAUUUCCCAAACCCUUUCUUCAAAAAAAAAAAAAAAUCCCCAAACCUCGUCGGCGAAGGAGCCGCAGGGAAUUCCCUGGAAAGGCAUCGACGGGGCUCGUAAGACUCGCUGAUUUAAGUUAAAUUCACCUAAUGCCCGAAUUUUCUGAAUCCUUGAUUUAAGGCAAAACGAAGGAGAAACGGACUGCGGGAUAAAAGUUGUCAUGUUUGCUGUUUGGCCGAACAUAAUCCGCCUUUACUCCUUUCUCCUAAUUUUUCUGAUAGACGCCAUCUCCACCCUCAAUCUUACUCUACAGCUAGAUCGAUUCAGCUGUUGAUCUUCUCCGCUUCGCUCACUGAUUCGGAUCUUUCUCAUUCAUGGAGGGAUUUCAUUCUCAAGAUUCUGUCGCGAUUCUGAUCGGAUUUUUAGUUUUAAUAGUGGUAAUUCGACUAGCUUAUGUACUGUACUGGAGUGGCAGACCUCUUCGGACAUUGUCGCAGCGUGUCAGCACCCUAAUUGUUCUUGGUUCUGGCGGGCACACAGCGGAGAUGCUUAGCAUUGUAAAUGUACUUGAGAAGGAUAGGUUUGUACCGAGAUUCUACAUUGCGGCUGGCACGGAUAACAUGAGCCUUCAGAAAGCUAGGGUUCUGGAGGAAUCACUGAUUCAGAAAGAAGAGAUUGGCAAUAAGAAAGACAUUGAAAAGAUUGCUUGUUUUGAGCAAAUUUAUCGAAGCAGAGAAGUGGGUCAGUCCUAUUUGACCUCUAUUUACACAACUUUGGUCGCAAUAUUGCAUGCUCUGUGGCUGAUGCUGAAGUUCAGGCCUGAAGUAAUUAUCUGCAAUGGGCCUGGGACCUGCAUUCCUAUUUGUCUUGUUGCAUUUAUCUUCAAGGUGGUUGGUAUUAGAUGGUCAUCUAUCUUUUACAUUGAGAGCAUUGCAAGAGUUAAGAGGCUCUCCUUAAGUGGCUUGCUGCUCUACAAAUUACACCUAGCAGAUCAAUUCUAUGUCCAAUGGCCUCAGUUACAGAGGAAAUAUCAGAGAGCUCAUUAUGUUGGUUGCCUCAUGUAAGGUGAAUAUUACUACCAAGGACAUUGAUCAUCACUGUACGUUGACUCUGCUUUGUUUACCACCUUGUAUUUGCUUUGAUUAGAAACUAUCAGAGGAAAUAUCAGAGAGCUUGGUAUUUUUAUUAAUCCUGAUGUCGGUGUUCUUGAAAUUGCUAGAGUAUAAUUGUUGAGGCUUUGAUGCAAUGUACUUUCUCAUAAAAUAUUAAAUGAUUAAUGAAGCUUAUUCUAACAA